AUGUCAAUUUUUAAACUAUCAACACGUACAAUCAUGACUACUACCACCACCACCACCACCACCACCACUAGAACAAUCAAACCAAAAGUGUUGAGAUUGGGCAUCACUCAUUAUGCCCAACACAAAUGGGAUGAAUUGAGUAAAAUUGCUGAAAUAAUUGAUUGUCAAUCAACCAAUCGUGAAGAAUUCAUUUAUGAUUUACAAAACAAAUAUAAAGAUAUCACCAAUAUUUCUCGAACAUUUGCCUCAAUUAAACAAACAGGAAAAUUUGAUAAUGAAUUAGCUAAAUAUAUGCCAAUUACAUUGAAAACUAUUAAUCAUUGUGGAGCAGGAUAUGAUCAAAUUGAUGUGAUUCCUUUCACUAAAAUAGGUGUACAAAUUUCUAAUGUUACUAUUCCUGUAGAAAGUCCUACUGCUGACACAGCAAUAUAUUUGGUUUUAUCAUGUAUGAGGAAUUUUCAAAUGGGUCAUAACAUGUUAGUUACUGGAGCAUGGCCUCAAUUUAAAAAGAAAAGUUCCCAUUCUUUUUCAAUAGGUCAUAGUCCUGAAGAUAAAAUUGUCGGGAUAUUGGGAAUGGGUGGUAUUGGUAGAGCCAUUAGAGAUAGAUUAAAACCAUUUGGAUUUAGUAAAAUAGUUUAUCACAAUAGAAAUAAAUUGUCUAAAGAAUUAGAAGCUGGGGCAGAGUAUCUUAGUAUGGAUGAAUUGUUUAAUCAAUCAGAUAUCAUUAUUGUAAGUGUCCCAUUAAAUGUUCAUACAACACAUCUUAUUAAUAAAUCAUCCAUUGUAGAGAAAAUGAAAGAUGGAGUUAUUAUUAUUAAUACAGCUAGAGGUGCAGUUAUUGAUGAAAAAGUGCUUCCUGAUUUAAUAAAAUCAGGUAAAAUUGGUUCAUUUGGUGCUGAUGUGUUUGAACAUGAACCUCAAGUAUCAUCAAAAUUAUAUGAUUUACCUCAAGUUGUCAGUUUACCACAUAUGGGUACAUAUACUGUUGAAGCAAUUAGAAAUAUGGAAAGUUGGGUUGUUGAUAAUAUUGAAUCGUAUAUUAAAACUGGGAAAGUGAAAACCAUUGUACCAGAACAAUAUAAUACAUUUCUGUAA